AUGAGUGAUCUUCAGUCUUUAAUUGCUACACAACGUGAUUUGCUUUCCACAUUGAAUAAACUCAAUGCUAGGUUUUCGUUGAAACAUGAUUCCGAAAAAUCACUAGGUUAUAUUGAGAGCCUUACGCAGGAACUUGAUUCACUUUUUCAGCAAUUCAAAUAUCAGCAUGAUGAAAUCACUCGAGUAAUACGUGAAACUUCCUUGAAUAUGGAUGAUGUUCCAUACAUGGUUGAAGAUUGCUACUUUGAAUUUUCUGACAUAUAUUUCACUUUUAAGGGCAAAUUAUUUGAUAUUAUGCAUAGGGAUGAUACUAAUCGUUCACCACUUAAAAAUCUCCUUCGAUCUUUUUGGGAACAGGAGGAAAUUACUCCAGUUCGUGAAUUGAGUGAUGAGGAGAUUGCUUGUGAACAUUUUUUCGAGGCCACAACUACACGCUCUACUUCUGGCAGAUAUGUUGUCAAUUUGCCAUUCAAGUCACUGAUAAAGCAUAAUUCUUUUCCUAAAAUUCAUAAUAACAUGAUUGGAGCAUUAAAGCGUUUUAAGCAGUUGGAAAGCUCAUUUUUAAAUCGUCCGGUGUUUUCCGAAAUAUAUAAAGAUUUCAUGCGCGAAUAUGAAACACUAGGUCAUAUGACCAAAAUCGGUACAUAUCCCGCAGAUAUUUUGAAAAACUCAUAUUUUUUGCCCCACCAUGGUGUGCUUAAGGAUGAUAGCACCACAACCAAGUUAAGAGUAGUGUUCGACGGUAGUAGCCAUAUGGACGAUCGAAAAUGUCUUAAUGAAGAACUAUCUCCUGGCCCUGCGUUGCAAAAUGAUCUGCCACAGAUUAUCACCAAAUGGAGAACUCAUAGAAUUGGUUUUAGUGCUGACAUUGAAAAAAUGUUUAGGCAGAUUGAAGUUAUUUCACUACACCGUCCAUUUCAGCAGAUAUUAUGGCGAUAUAGUCCUCUUGAUGAGAUCUCUGUAUACCAAUUAAACACUGUGACAUAUGGAACGACUUCAGCCCCAUAUCUCGCUAUACGUGUGCUGCGCCAAUUGGCGGAAGAUUAUAAGGAUGAAUUUCCUGAUGAAUCUAAGAUCUUGGUUACAGAUUCUUAUGUCGACGACAUUAUAUCUGGUGCUGAGACAGUUGAAAGGGCGAUUGUUUUACAAAGGAAUUUAUGUAAACUUUUGGGGAAAGAGUUUAGAGAAAAAUCUUUAACUCUGAAUUUUGAUGGCGACAAUGUUGUCAAAACACUUGGAAUUCAGUGGAAUACCACUGAUGAUACUCUUUCUUAUAGGACAAAUAUUGAUGAAUCUCGUCCAGUUUCAAAGCGAACAAUCUUAUCCGAGACGGCUCGUGUAUAUGAUCCUUUGGGGUGGCUUACUCCUUGCACUGUAGUUGCAAAAUCUCUUUUUAAACAAUUGUGGGGAAAAAAGGUAGACUGGGACAGCCCAAUUCCAUCGGAUAUUAAUGAGAAAUGGUUGGAAUACAGAUCGACUCUUUCUGAAUUCUCAAAUAUUAAAAUUCCAAGAUGGAUUAAUGUUUCUAAAGAUUUUAAGCUAGAACUUCACUGUUUUUGCGAUGCUUCCACCGUGGCAUACGCAGCAGCCAUUUAUUGCAGAGUUAUUACUCCCAAUGAGAUUUUUGUACAUCUCUUACAAGCGAAAUCUAAAAUUUCGCCAAUUAAAACAGUCUCUAUUCCUCGACUUGAGCUUUGCGCUGCUACUUUAUUAGCAAAAUUAUCUGAAAGAGUAAAAAACUCCUUCAAAGACAGACAUAUUGAAAAUAUAUUCUUUUGGAGUGACAGUUCUACCGUGCUAUGUUGGCUGAGGAAGCCUCCUUCGAGUUGGACGGUUUAUGUCGCGAAUAGAGUUGCUGAAAUUCAGCGGCAUAGCAAUUAUUUUCAAUGGAAAUAUGUACCCUCUGCAUUAAAUCCCGCAGAUUGUGCAUCUAGAGGUAUUUUUCCUCAUCAGCUAGUAGAGUGUGAGAUAUGGUGGAAUGGUCCGAAGUUUUUGUAUGAACCGCAAUCAUCAUGGCCAAAACCUCUAUCUAAUUAUGAAACAUUCGAGGAAAUUUCUAAAACUCACACAUCUUCAUCAACUUCUUUUCGUAACAUUUCUGUAAAUACUAUUUCGGGAAAUAAACUACCCGAUGAAUCAUCUGUAAAGCAAGAUAAAAUUAAAACUUGUGAAUAUCCUUACUUUUUGCAUAAAUUUUCUAAAUUAAUUUGCCUAUUAAGAGCAAUUUCCAUUUGCUACAGAUUUAUUCAUAAUAGCAGGAGCAGUAAUCGAAAUUCUAAAGAGACUGGGUCUCUUACACCGGCAAUUUUGAAUGCUACUCUGGAAAAUUUAAUAAAAAUAACACAAGCUAUUGAUUUUCCCAAUGAUUUAAAAUUACUCAUUCGUAAGGGAGAAGUUAAACAAAAAGCUCUUCGAAAACUUAUGCCAUUUGUAGACGAAGAGGGAAUUAUUCGAGUUGGUGGCCGUUUACAGAAUUCUAAUCUGCCGUUUAACGUUAAACAUCCUAUUCUCCUAUCUAAUAGAAAUCCCCUUGCAAAACUUAUAAUUCAUAAUGCUCAUGAAAAAACAUUGCAUGGUGGUAUCAGUUUGACUAUGUCAUAUGUAAAUAGAAAAUAUUGGAUUAUAUCUGGUAAUCAGUUGGCCAAGGCUGUUAUUACCAACUGCAUGCGUUGUUUUACUUAUUCAGCGAAAGCUGCUACACAAAUAAUGGGAAAUUUACCAUCUAUUCGCUUAAAUGCCACCAGACCUUUUAAACAUAGUGGAGUCGACUACGCAGGUCCUAUAUCUGUUAAAAAUUGUACCUUAAGAUCGGCCGCUAUUUCAAAAGGGUAUAUUUGUUUGUUCGUAUGUAUGGUUACUAAAGCCAUACAUUUAGAGGCUGUAUCUGACAUGACCACAAACUCAUUUUUAGCCGGAUUUCGGCGUUUUAUAUCUCGCAGAGGUGGAUGCACAGAUAUUUAUUCCGACUGUGGAACAAAUUUCGUCGGUGCUUCCAAAGAACUUCAAGUUCUUUUGCAUAGGAAUAAAAAAUCUUUACCUGACGAUUUGGUAAAUUCAUUAACAUCUAUUGGUACUGAAUGGCAUUUUAUUCCUCCUGGUUCCCCAAACUUUGGCGGCCUGUGGGAGGCAGGAGUGAAGUCGGUCAAAUAUCAUUUAAAAAGAAUAAUGCAUGAGAGAGUUUUAAGUUUUGAAGAAUUGGCAACUUUACUCUGUCAAAUAGAAAGUGUAUUAAAUUCUAGACCACUUUGCCCUUUGUCUUCAGACCCGUCUGACUUAGAUGCGUUAACACCAGCUCAUUUCAUAAUAGGCGAGCCAACGACAUGUAUUCAAGAGGAAAAUUUACUAGAUAUUAACAUUAACCGUUUAAAUCGAUGGAAAUCUAUAGAAAAACUUAAGCAACAUUUUUGGAGGAGAUGGUACUUGGAAUAUUUAAAUCGUUUGCAAGCUCGACCAAAAUGGCUUACACCGAAACCUGAUGCUAAAGUUGGAGACUUAGUUUUGAUUGCUGAUGACAGAUGUGGACCAGCUCAAUGGAUAUUAGAUUCCACCGAAGAAAUUUCUACACUGAAGUACAAAACUACACCCUCGGAUAGAAGGAUGGAGCCUAGCUCAAACGCUGUGAGUCGGAGCAUAGCGCAGUCUACUGACUAAAUCAAAACACUCCCAACGAUAGGCCAUCCUUCUCCUUCCUAGGGGGGAGUAUGUUGCAGAAAACUAAAUUUUUCUUCAACCAUUUGCUUUUCCUAUUUUUUUUUGUGAAAUUAUUCAAAUAACUUAAAAUAGAUAAAUAAUAUUAAUAAUUAAUAAUUAAGAAGAGUGUUAUAAACAUUAAUAACAUUAUUCGAGUACCCACUGUACUAUUUAUAAUAUUGGGAUAUUUUUAUAUUCUCUUAUAUCUAUUUAAAAAGAAUAACAAAAUUACUCAAUGUAAAAUUAGCUCUCACUAUACACUAGUAAUGUGUUAAUAACAACCUAAUGUAAUGAUAAUGAAGAGUAACUCAAAAUUAACUGUUUUUACCAUUAUGUUGUUAUUGUUAUUAUUUCUUCUUUUUUUCAAUAAUCUGUUUCACUUGCUAUGCAAAUUAAAAAUUUUGUAAUAAUCAUUCUAUUCAUUUUUGAACUUCGAAUAAAUAAGACCGUAAAACAAUUUGUAAAGUAAAAAAGAAAUCUAAUAUACAGAGAAGGAAAACCUUUUUAUUAGAAGGCCUUUAUUUACAUUCCGAAUUUAAAGGUAAUUCAAGAUAUUAUAUUAAAAUUCUAAAAAUCA